AUGGCGUUAAAGACCAAUGGGAAGCCUGGAAAUGGACCAAUGACCAUGCAGAUCCAAAAUGGACCAAUCCUGGACUUGAAGGCAGCUAUAAAUGGGGGUAGUUUGGUUGGUUCGAGGCGGAACCUGCACGUCGACGAGGUCUCUGCCAGCAGGACGCUGAGUAUUUCUGUUUUCUCCCAAGAGGCGUUGUCUGGUGCAGACUUGAGCAGCGCUGCUCAAGCCAUGGAGGGAGUGUGUGCUGCAGCUUUCACGGCGUUCUCCGUGGCUUAUUCUGGGUACUUUUUCACCCACCUGGCACGUCACAUCACCCGUGCCUGGAGAGAAUCUGGUCUUUGGAGCUCCACCUCCUGUGUCCUGGCACCUGCACGAGCUGCAGCGGAAGGCUCUGAAGGAGCCUCCAGUCCCCAGGCUGGCAAGUCAAGCAGGAGCAGCUCGUGCAUCUGGAGCACGACCAGCUCCUCUGGCAGCAGAGAGCGGCUGGGAGAGGGGACAGAGGACGAGUGCCUGGCCACGCUGAAGAUGCUGGUGAGCCAGGGAGAUCCCGAGGCUGAAUACACGGAACUGGAAACAAUUGGCAAAGGGGGUUUUGGCACGGUGUGCAUGGCAGUGGAGACUGCCACAGGAGAAGAGGUGGCCAUAAAGAAAAUUAGUCUCGCGCAAGAGAGCGGCAGCGAGCUGUGCCUGAAUGAAAUCCAGGUGAUGCGUGGCAAUAAGCAUGCCAACCUUGUGAACUAUCUAGACAGCUACCUGGUGGACGAGGAACUCUGGCUCGUGAUGGAAUACAUGGAUGGAGGCUCCUUACACGAUGUCAUCAGGGAGACUCGUAUGGCAGAAGGAGAGAUAGCCGCUGUCUCUCGGGAGUGCCUGCAAGGCCUGGAUUUCCUUCACUCCAAGCAAGUGAUCCACCGAGACAUCAAAAGCCACAACAUUCUCCUGGGUCUGGACGGAUCUGUCAAGUUGGCUGAUUUUGGCCUCGCUGCUCAGCUCACCGCUGAGCAGAGCAAACGGAGAUCAGCUGUUGGGACCACUUACUGGAUGGCGCCAGAAAUCUUCACCAGGAAGCUCUAUGGCCCCAAAGUGGACAUCUGGUCCUUUGGCAUUGUGGGCAUCGAGAUGGUGGAAGGAGCGCCUCCUUACCGGAUGAAAACCUCCCGCACGGUUCAACAGCUGAUCAGCAGCGGGGGCAGGCCAAAGCUGCAGAAGCCCAGGCAACAGUCCGCGUGGUUGCGAGACUUCCUGCACUGCUGCCUGGAGAGGGAGGAGGACAGGCGCUGGUCUGCCCAGGAACUCCUGCAGCAUCCAUUUGUAACAUCAGCCAAGCCGACCUCCGACCUGACGCCUCUGAUCGUGGCAACGCAGCAGUUUAUGGCCGACAGGAGAUACUAG